UGUUGAACCUAUGUUGCCUUGAGUGCUUUUUAUCCCUCCCUUUAAUAAAACCCAGUGGCAUAACUUAGAUAUCAUUCCUGAACAUUGGACGCUGCGUAACAGAUCGCCAAAUCGUCUUUCCUAUUUAACACCAGGUUCUGUAGACGGAAACGCAACUUGUUGUCAAACAGGCAAUUUCAGCGAGCAUUUCGCAUCGAAUCUUUGCCCUCGAUAUUUGUUUACCAAAAAUGGAGUCGGGAGGAAAAGGCUGGAGAUAUGGCUCACUAUUCUUCUAUGCGUUGUGCGCAAUGGCUUUAUUUUCUCCUCGCGUGAGCGGACAGAUCCGUUAUUCGAUACCUGAGGAAAUGCAGGAGGGCUCAUUUGUUGGAAAAAUCGCAUCGGACCUAGGGUUUGAGCCGAAGAGAUUGGUUUCAGGAAAAGCGCGUGUUUUCACCGCGGACAGCAGUGAGUACAUUGGCCUGGACAAGGAAAACGGACAUCUGGUUAUCAAGAAUAAAAUAGACAGAGAAGAGCUUUGUGGAGAGAUUUCUGCCUGCAGUGUGAGUUUUGAUGUUAUUUUGGAGAACCCGAUGGAGCUUUAUCGAUUAACAGUUGACAUACAAGACAUUAAUGACAACAGCCCCGUCUUUCCUAAAUCUAAAAUUGAACAACAAAUUAGCGAAUUAGCGGUGGUAGGUGCGCGAUUUCCAUUAGAGAGCGCGGUAGAUCCAGACGUGGGAGUGAACGCGCUACAAAAAUACACUCUUCAACCAACCGACCAUUUUAAGCUUAAUGUUCAAAAUGGUGAUGAUGGGAGUAAAAAUGUCGAGAUGGUUCUUCAUUCACCACUCGAUAGAGAAAAGAAAAAGCAUCAUAGUUUAAUUCUGACAGCUUUUGAUGGUGGAAAACCACAAAGAUCUGCAACGCUGCAUGUUAAUAUUAUUGUUCUAGAUGUUAAUGACAAUGCACCUGUGUUUAGCAAGUCAUCUUACAAAACAUCAGUUAAUGAAAAUGCUAUUAAAGGCACAGUAGUUACUAAAGUCAGUGCGACCGAUAAUGACGAGUCUAGUCACGGCAUUCAGUAUUAUUUUGAGCACGCGACACCCACAGUAAAAGCUUUGUUCUCAAUUGACACAGAUUCUGGUGAGGUGAAAGUCAUAGGUGAUAUAGAUUAUGAAAAACACAAGCAGUUUAAAAUAAAAGUAAAAGCCAAAGAUCAUGGCGAUCUUACAGACUUAAGUGAGAUAAUUAUUGACGUCAUUGAUGUGAACGACAACAAGCCCAAAAUCACUAUAAUGUCUUUUUCCAGCGCAGUAUCUGAAGACGCUGCACCAGGAACUGUUAUAGCCAUGAUUAAUGUUCAAGAUCUCGAUUCAGGUGACAACAGCAAGAUUUCAUGUUCUAUUGAUCUGAACUCUCCAUUUAAAAUCAUUUCUUCAUUAACUAAUUAUUACAACCUGGUGACAGACUCAGAACUAGACAGGGAACAGACAGCAGAGUAUAAUAUCACUAUAACUGCAGUAGAUGGAGGAAACCCACCUCUUUCUGUUAAAGAGAUUUUAAACUUAAAGAUAUCAGAUGUGAAUGAUCACGCACCUCAGUUUGUGCAGGAAUCAUAUAAUGCCUUUAUAGCUGAAAAUAACCCACCAUCUACGACUAUUCUGACUGUCAAAGCAGAGGACAUGGACUGGGGGCCGAAUGCAAAGGUCUCAUACUUUCUUAUCGAUGCAGAUUUAAACGGAGCACCUCUGGCAUCUUAUAUUUCUAUAAAUUCAGAGAGUGGAGUAGUUUAUGCAGAAAAAUCCUUUGAUUAUGAACAACUCAAAUCAUUCAAAAUGCAAGUCAAAGCUCAAGAUGGAGGCUCGCCUCCUUUAUCCAGUAAUGUGACUCUAAACAUCAUCAUUCAAGAUCAGAAUGACAACGCUCCUCAGGUUCUGUAUCCAGUACAGACUGGCGCUUCAGUGGUGGCUGAGAUUGUGCCUCGUGCUGCAGAUGUUGGAUAUCUGGUCACUAAAGUUGUGGCUGUUGAUGUGGACUCUGGUCAGAAUGCCUGGCUCUCCUAUAAACUACAGAAAGCUGCAGACAGAGCGCUGUUUGAAGUGGGUUUACAGAAUGGAGAAAUAAGAACUGUGCGACAAGUGACUGAUAAAGAUGCUGUCAAACAAAAACUCACUGUUGUUGUGGAGGAUAACGGACAGCCCUCUCGCUCAGCUGUGGUCUCCAUUAACGUGGCUGUGGCUGACAGCUUUCCUGAAGUGCUGUCAGAGUUCACAGACUUUACGCAUGAGAAACAAUAUAACGACAACCUGACUUUUUAUUUAGUUCUGGCUCUUGCAGUGGUUUCCCUGCUCUUCCUAGUCUCCAUUAUUUCCAUCAUUUCAGUCAAAAUCUACAGAUGGAGGCAGAAUAAGUUGUUUUAUAAAUCAGGAGCAAAUCUACCUGUAAUUCCAUAUUAUCCUCCUGUCUACGCAGACGGCACAUUACAGCACGUGUAUAAUUAUGAAAUGUGUGGGACCACAGACUCAAGGAUGAGUGACGUGAAGUUUGUCAGGCCCUACAGUCAGAACACACAGGUCAGCCAGAGUCGUUUGGGGACAGUUCAGAGAGAAAGGAAGGAGCAGGAGGUUGAUGAGCUGACUUUAGAGAAAAUGGAGUCGGGAGGAAAAGGCUGGAGAUAUGGCUCACUAUUCUAUGCGUUAUGCGCAAUGGCUUUAUUUUCUCCUCGCGUGAGCGGGCAGAUCCGUUAUUCGAUACCCGAGGAAAUGCAGGUGGGCUCAUUUGUUGGAAAUAUUGCCUUGGACCUAGGGAUUGAGCCGAAGAGAUUGGUUUCAGGAAAAGCGCGUGUUUUCACCGCGGACAGCAGGGAGUACAUUGGCCUGGACAAGGAAAACGGACAUCUGGUUAUCAAGAAUAAAAUAAACAGAGAAGAGCUUUGUGGAGAGAUUUCUGCCUGCAGUGUAAGUUUUGAUGUGAUUUUGGAGAAUCCGAUGGAGCUUUAUCGAGUAACAGUUGACAUACAAGACAUCAAUGACAACAGCCCCGUCUUUCCAAAAGCUAAAAUUGAACAAGAAAUAAGCGAAUUAGCGGUUGUAGGUGCGCGAUUUCCAUUAGAGAGCGCGGUAGAUCCAGACGUGGGAGUGAACGCGCUACAAAAAUACACUCUUCAACCCACCGACCAUUUUAAGCUUAAUGUUCAGAGUGGUGAUGAUGGGAGUAAAAAUAUCGAGAUGGUUCUUAAUUCACCACUCGAUAGAGAAAAGAAAAAGCAUCAUAGUUUGAUUCUUACAGCAUUCGAUGGUGGAAGACCUCAAAGAUCUGCGACUGUGCAUAUUAACAUUAUUGUCCUUGAUGGAAAUGACAACGCACCUGUGUUUAGUCAGUCAUCUUACAAAACAUCAGUUAUUGAAAACGUUGCUAAAGGCACACUCGUUACUAAAGUCAGUGCUACCGAUGCUGACGAGUCUAGUCACGGCAUUCAGUAUUAUUUUGAGCACGCGACACCCACAGUAAAAGCUUUGUUCUCCAUCGAUGCGGAUUCUGGAGAGGUUAUAGUCAUAGGCGGAAUAGAUUAUGAAAAACACAAGCAGUUUAAAAUUAAAGUUAAAGCCAAAGAUCAUGGCGAUCUCACAGACUUAAGUGAGAUAAUUAUUGACGUCAUUGAUGUGAACGACAACAAGCCCAAAAUCACUAUAAUGUCUUUUUCCAGCGCAGUAUCUGAAGACGCUGCACCAGGAACUGUUAUAGCCAUGAUUAAUGUUCAAGAUCUCGAUUCAGGUGACAACAGCAAGAUUACAUGUUCUAUUGAUCUGAACUCUCCAUUUAAAAUCAUUUCUUCAUUAACUAAUUAUUACAACCUGGUGACAGACUCAGAACUAGACAGGGAACAGACAGCAGAGUAUAAUAUCACUAUAACUGCAGUAGAUGGAGGAAACCCACCUCUUUCUAUUAAAGAGAUUUUAAACUUAAAGAUAUCAGAUGUGAAUGAUCACGCACCUCAGUUUGUGCAGGAAUCAUAUAAUGCCUUUAUAGCUGAAAAUAACCCACCAUCUACGACUAUUCUGACUGUCAAAGCAGAAGACAUGGACUGGGGGCCGAAUGCAAAGGUCUCAUACUUUCUUAUCGAUGCAGAUUUAAACGGAGCACCUCUUGCAUCUUAUAUUUCUAUAAAUUCAGAGAGUGGAGUAGUUUAUGCAGAAAAAUCUUUUGAUUAUGAACAACUCAAAUCAUUCAAAAUGCAAGUCAAAGCUCAAGAUGGAGGCUCGCCUCCUUUAUCCAGUAAUGUGACUCUAAACAUCAUCAUUCAAGACCAGAAUGACAACGCUCCUCAGGUUCUGUAUCCAGUACAGACUGGCGCUUCAGUGGUGGCUGAGAUUGUGCCUCGUGCUGCAGAUGUUGGAUAUCUGGUCACUAAAGUUGUGGCUGUUGAUGUGGACUCUGGUCAGAAUGCCUGGCUCUCCUAUAAACUACAGAAAGCUGCAGACAGAGCGCUGUUUGAAGUGGGUUUACAGAAUGGAGAAAUAAGAACUGUGCGACAAGUGACUGAUAAAGAUGCUGUCAAACAAAAACUCACUGUUGUUGUGGAGGAUAACGGACAGCCCUCUCGCUCAGCUGUGGUCUCCAUUAAUGUGGCUGUGGCUGACAGCUUUCCUGAAGUGCUGUCAGAGUUCACAGACUUUACGCAUGAGAAAAAAUAUAACGACAGCUUAACUUUUUAUUUAGUUCUGGCUCUUGCAGUGGUUUCCCUGCUCUUCAUAGUCUCCAUUAUUUCCAUCAUUUCAGUCAAAAUCUACAGAUGGAGGCAGAAUAAGUUGUUUUAUAAAUCAGGAGCAAAUCUACCUGUAAUUCCAUAUUAUCCUCCGGUCUACGCAGACGGAACAUUACAGCACGUUUAUAAUUAUGAAAUGUGUGGGACCACAGACUCAAGGAUGAGUGACGUAAAGUUUGUCAGGCCCUACAGUCAGAACACACUGGUCAGCCAGAGUCGUUUGGGGACAGUUCAGAGAGAAAAGAAGGAGCAGGAGGUUGAUGAGCUGAUUUUAGAGGUGAGAGUCUUCCACAUACUGUAUGUCCUCACAGCAGCAGCAGGUGUUAAAAUGGAGUCGGGAGGAAAAGGUUGGAAACAUGGCUCGCUAUUCUUCUAUGCGUUAUGCGCAAUGGCUUUAUUUUCUUCUCGCGUGAGCGGACAGAUCCGUUAUUCGAUACCUGAGGAAAUGCAGAUGGGCUCGUUUGUUGGAAAUAUUGCCUCGGACCUUGGGUUUGAGCCGAAGAGGUUGGUUUCAGGAAAAGCGCGUGUUUUCACCGCGGACAGCAAGGAGUACAUUGGCCUGGACAAGGAAAACGGACAUCUGGUUAUAAGGAAUAAAAUAGACAGAGAAGAGCUUUGUGGAGAGAUUUCUGCCUGCAGUGUGGGUUUUGAUGUGAUUUUGGAGAAUCCGAUGGAGCUUUAUCGAGUAACAGUUGACAUACAAGACAUCAAUGACAACAGCCCCGUCUUUCCAAAAGCUAAAAUUGAACAAGAAAUAAGCGAAUUAGCGGUUGUAGGUGCGCGAUUUCCAUUAGAAAGCGCGGUAGACCCAGACGUGGGAGUGAACGCGCUACAAAAAUACACUCUUCAACCCACCGACCAUUUUAAGCUUAAUGUUCAGAAAAGUGCUGGUGGAAAUAAAAACGUUGAGAUGGUUCUUCAUUCUCCUCUCGACAGAGAAAAUAAAAAGCAUCAUAGUUUGAUUCUGACAGCAUUCGAUGGUGGAAAACCGCAAAGGUCCGCAACGUUACUGAUUAAUAUUAUUGUUCUAGAUGUUAAUGACAACGCACCUGUGUUUAGUCAGUCAUCUUACAAAACAUCAGUUAUUGAAAACGUUGCUAAAGGCACACUCGUUACUAAAGUCAGUGCUACCGAUGCUGACGAGUCUAGUCACGGCAUUCAGUAUUAUUUUGAGCACGCGACACCCACAGUAAAAGCUUUGUUCUCCAUUGACACAAAUUCUGGGGAGGUUAAAGUCAUGGGUGAUAUAGAUUAUGAAAAACACAAACAGUUUACAAUUAAAGUUAAAGCUAAAGAUCACGGGGGUUUGACCGAUACAAGUGAGAUAAUUAUUGACGUCAUUGAUGUGAACGACAACAAGCCCAAAAUCACUAUAAUGUCUUUUUCCAGCGCAGUAUCUGAAGACGCUGCACCAGGAACUGUUAUAGCCAUGAUUAAUGUUCAAGAUCUCGAUUCAGGUGACAACAGCAAGAUUACAUGUUCGAUUGAUCUGAACUCUCCAUUUAAAAUCAUUUCUUCAUUAACUAAUUAUUACAACCUGGUGACAGACUCAGAACUAGACAGGGAACAGACAGCAGAGUAUAAUAUCACUAUAACUGCAGUAGAUGGAGGAAACCCACCUCUUUCUAUUAAAGAGAUUUUAAACUUAAAGAUAUCAGAUGUGAAUGAUCAUGCACCUCAGUUUGUGCAGGAAUCAUAUAAUGCCUUUAUAGCUGAAAAUAACCCACCAUCUACGACUAUUCUGACUGUCAAAGCAGAGGACAUGGACUGGGGGCCGAAUGCAAAGGUCUCAUACUUUCUUAUCGAUGCAGAUUUAAACGGAGCACCUCUGGCAUCUUAUAUUUCUAUAAAUUCAGAGAGUGGAGUAGUUUAUGCAGAAAAAUCUUUUGAUUAUGAACAACUCAAAUCAUUCAAAAUGCAAGUCAAAGCUCAAGAUGGAGGCUCGCCUCCUUUAUCCAGUAAUGUGACUCUAAACAUCAUCAUUCAAGACCAGAAUGACAACGCUCCUCAGGUUCUGUAUCCAGUACAGACUGGCGCUUCAGUGAUGGCUGAGAUUGUGCCUCGUGCUGCAGAUGUUGGAUAUCUGGUCACUAAAGUGGUGGCUGUUGAUGUGGACUCUGGUCAGAAUGCCUGGCUCUCCUAUAAACUACAGAAAGCUGCAGACAGAGCGCUGUUUGAAGUGGGUUUACAGAAUGGAGAAAUAAGAACUGUGCGACAAGUGACUGAUAAAGAUGCUGUCAAACAAAAACUCACUGUUGUUGUGGAGGAUAACGGACAGCCCUCUCGCUCAGCUGUGGUCUCCAUUAACGUGGCUGUGGCUGACAGCUUUCCUGAAGUGCUGUCAGAGUUCACAGACUUUACGCAUGAGAAACAAUAUAAUGACAGCUUAACUUUUUAUUUAGUUCUGGCUCUUGCGGUGGUUUCCCUGCUCUUCGUAGUCUCCAUUAUUUCCAUCAUUUCAGUCAAAAUCUACAGAUGGAGGCAGAAUAAGUUGUUUUAUAAAUCAGGAGCAAAUCUACCGGUAAUUCCAUAUUAUCCUCCGGUCUACGCAGACGGCACAUUACAGCACGUUUAUAAUUAUGAAAUGUGUGGGACCACAGACUCAAGGAUGAGUGACGUGAAGUUUGUCAGGCCCUACAGUCAGAACACACUGGUCAGCCAGAGUCGUGUGGGGACAGUUCAGAGAGAAAAGAAGGAGCAGGAGGUUGAUGAGCUGACUUUAGAGGCUAAAGAUCAUGGCUCUCCAUCUCUGAGCAGCAACGCAACUGUCAAUGUGUUUAUUCUGGACCGGAACGAUAAUGCACCUGCUGUCAUUUACCCGUCCUCAUCUAUGGGCUCGGUCUCUCAUCAGAGGAUGCCCCGUUCCGCUAAAGCAGGACAUCUCGUUACUAAGGUAACGGCAGUGGACGCGGACUCGGGUCAUAACGCCUGGCUGUUCUACAGGCUCGCGGAGGCCACGGACCCGUCUCUGUUCAGUGUGAAUUUACAUACGGGAGAGGUGAGGACUAAACGCGCUGUUUCAGAGCACGACGACUCCUCUCAGAGACUGGUCAUAGAGAUAAAGGAUAAUGGAGAACCAGUGCAGUCCACCACAGUCACAGUGGAUAUACUGAUAGAGGACGGGUUUCAUGAGCCCAUAUCAGACUAUCGUUUAAAAACUACAGAAGACAACAAGAAAACUGGCAAAAUUACGCUGUAUUUGAUCAUCUCAUUGGGAACAGUGUCAGUUUUGUGUUUAUUGACCUUUUUCGCGUUGGUUGUAAAAUGUGUUAAAAGCAGCAUCGGAAGUUCAAGCUGCUGCAUCAGACGAACUGAUUCUGGAUACAAAAACCCCAACAGAAACCUGCAGAUCCAGCUCAACACUGACGGGCCCAUUAAGUAUGUGGAGGUUCUGGGAGGAGAUAUGAUGUCUCAGAGUCAGUCCUUUGGCUCUUAUCUCUCUCCAAUGUCCGAAUUCAGUGAUCUCACUCUCAUUAAGCCCAGCAGCACAACAAACUUUACAGACACGCUAAACACGCUUGAUGCGUCAUUACCAGACAGCGCGUGGACAUUCGAGAGCCAACAGUUAUUGUGUUUGGAAAUGAGGACUCAAAUACAAAGGAGAAUUUUGUGCUGGCGGGCGCUGUGGCUGUUGUGUUUCGCCGUUUUGUGGAGUGAUGCAGACGCGCAGCUCCGUUAUACAAUACCGGAGGAGCUAAAGGAGGGAUCUGUUGUUGGAAAUGUAGCUAAAGAUCUCGGUUUGGAUGUAUCUGAGACAUCUAAUCGUAAAUUACGGAUAGCAUCUGAGUCUGGUAAGCAAUAUUUCAGUGUAAAUUUGAGGAAUGGCGAGCUACUUGUGAAUAACAUUAUAGACAGAGAAACAUUGUGCGGACAAAGCGCGAGCUGUGUGUUACCAUUACAAAUCAUCAUCGAGGAUCCACUGCAGUUUUAUCGUGUAGAAGUAGAAAUACAAGAUAUUAAUGACAACUCUCCAAUAUUUUGGUCGGAAAUAAACACAAUUGAUGUGCCAGAGUCAACCUUAACUGGUACAAGGUUUCGUUUAAAGCCUGCUCAAGAUCCUGACGUUGGAACAAACUCGUUACGCACUUACGCGCUUAAUAAAAAUGAGCAUUUCGCUUUGCACGUAAAAAACGAAAAGGAUGGAACAAAAGUCCCUGAAAUUGUUUUACAAAAAGCUGUCGACAGAGAGAAACAGUCUGUACAUCAUUUAAUUUUGACAGGUAUUGAUGGGGGUGAUCCAGCGAGAUCAGGAACUACUCAGAUUACUGUGAAAAUUCUAGAUGCAAAUGAUAAUGCUCCUGUAUUUGAACAAGACUUAUAUGAGGUUAAAGUGAUGGAGAACACAGUACCAGAUACAAUGAUACACACUGUAAAAGCUAUUGACUUAGACGAAGGUAUAAAUGCUGAGCUUGAGUAUUCUUUUGCGGCAGAUACACCAGAAAUAACUCAAGAUGUAUUUACUAUUAAUCCUGUGACAGGGGAAUUAGUAGUUUCCAAGAAUCUUGAUUAUGAAACCAGCACCUCAUAUAAAAUUGACAUACGCGCAAGAGACAAAGGAGCGCCUGUUAUGGAAGGACAUUGUAGAGUCCAGGUGAAUGUUUUAGAUGUGAAUGAUAAUGCACCUGAGAUUACCAUCACAUCCUCACCCAAACCUGUGCAAGAAGAUGCGCCUGCUGGGACAAUGGUAGCUUUAAUAAAUGUUAAAGAUCUGGAUUCCGGCGUAAAUGCAAAUGUAACACUUAGCAUGUCAUCAGACACUCCUUUUAAAUUAAAGCCAACAUUUGCAAACCAUUACGCACUGGUAACAGAUUCACAGUUAGAUCGAGAAAAGUUUCCUAAAUAUGAUAUUGAGCUCAAAGCAUCAGAUUCUGGAUCACCUCCACUGGUAUCAAGCAAACUCAUUACAGUUAAUAUACUAGAUGUCAAUGAUAAUCCUCCUGCUUUCUCUGAACGUGUGUACUCGGUUUACAUAAAAGAAAACAGCGCUCCAGGAUCGAUAUUAGCAUCGGUGACAGCAUCAGAUCUAGAUACAGGAGAAAAUGCUAAAAUUGUGUAUUCAGUUCUGGAUACUAAUACUCGAGACGUACCUGUCUCUUCCUAUGUAUACAUAAACGCAGAAAAUGGCAGUAUAUUUAGCAUGCACUCGUUUGAUUAUGAGAAAAUAAAGGUCUUUCAUAUUAUUGUGCUUGCCAAAGACCAAGGCUCCCAAUCUCUGAGCAGCAACGCUACUGUUCAUGUAUUUAUUCUGGACCAGAACGAUAAUGCACCUGCUGUCAUUUACCCGUCCACAUCUAUGGGCUCGGUCUCUCAUCAGAGGAUGCCCCGUUCCGCUAAAACAGGACAUCUUGUUACUAAGGUAACGGCAGUGGACGCGGACUCGGGUCAUAACGCCUGGCUGUUCUACAGGCUCGCGGAGGCCACGGACGCGUCUCUGUUCAGUGUGAAUUUACAUACGGGAGAGGUGAGGACUAAACGCGCUGUUUCAGAGCACGACGACUCCUCUCAGAGACUGGUCAUAGAGAUCAAGGAUAAUGGAGAACCAGUGCAGUCCACCACAGUUACCGUGGAUAUACUGAUAGAGGAAGGCGUUUAUGAGCCCAUCUCGGAAUAUAACAUGAAAACUACAGAAAACAACAACAAAAAAAGUGGCAAAAUCACUUUGUAUUUGAUCAUCUCUUUGGGAACCGUAUCAGUUUUAUCUGUGUUGACAUUGUUCACGUUAAUUGUGAAAUGCGUUAAAAGCAGCAUCGGAAGUUCAAGCUGCUGCAUCAGACGAACUGAUUCUGGAUACAAAAACCCCAACAGAAACCUGCAGAUCCAGCUCAACACUGACGGGCCCAUUAAGUAUGUGGAGGUUCUGGGAGGAGAUAUGAUGUCUCAGAGUCAGUCCUUUGGCUCUUAUCUCUCUCCAAUGUCUGAAUUCAGUGAUCUCACUCUCAUUAAGCCCAGCAGCACCACAAACUUUACAGACACGCUAAACACGCUUGAUGCGUCAUUACCAGACAGCGCGUGGACGUUCGAGAGCCAACAGGUGAGCGUGUGAAAUUUUGUAUUUUACUUU